AUGGAUAGGAUCAGAGAGCAAGAUGGUGAUUGGCAAAAGAAGGAUGAUUAUACGGAGAAUAGUGGUGUAUAUGUUCCACUAAGGAACCGUGAUGCUGAUUCUAGGCUGAAAGCAUUGCUAGCUAAGUUGGUGAAGGUUAUAAAGAAAAGAAAUAUCAGUUAUGAGGUUGUUGGUGGUUUGCAUAAUUACAGUAUAAUUACAUCUCGAUCCCUUGUGCAAAAGAAAAGUGAUCCUGGAGCUUUCACUAUUACUUGUACUAUUGGGACAUCUAGAUUUUCCAAGGCUUUGUGUGACUUGGGUGCAAGCAUUAACUUGAUAUUUCUGGCAGUAUUCAAGCAAUUAGGCUUGAAACCUCCUAAACCAGUGAUGAUGCAGUUAUUGAUGGUAUAUCGUAUAGUGAAAAAGCCCAUAGGCAUAUCAUUUGAUGUUUUGGUAAAGGUGGACAACUUCAUAUUUUUGGCCGAUUUUGUUGUCAUAAAUUAUGAGGUUGAUUUUGAGAUGCCCAUAAUUCUAGGGAGACUAUUUUUAGCAACGAGUAGAGUAUUGGUGGAUAUGAAAAGAGCUGAGCUUAAGUUCAGGCUGAGUAAUACAAAAGUCACGUUCAAUGUUCAUAGAACUAUGAAGCAGCCAACUGGCAUGAGAUUGGUUUUGGUAAUAAACUAUAUUGAUGACCAUGGAAGACAAUCCUAUGGUUACCUAGAUGAACUCUGA